CGGCCUGGGAUCCGCGGCGGCGGCGACUUAGGCUGCCAGUCUCGAGGCGAGUCGCCGCCGCCGCUAGGAAGGCGAGCCGCGUCUGUCCGUGCGGUGCGCCCUGCCGGGGACGCGAGCAGCGCCGGCCAUGAGCUCCGGUAGAGCCAGCCGCAUAGAAGUCCAGCACUGCAGCUACAAGACCCUCCAGCUGAGCCCCCCUGAGUCCUGCAUGGAAGUCAGCGGCUACCAACGGAAAGUGUGGAAGGUUGCCCUCUGCCACUUUUUGUCCGUGCUGACCGUGGGACUGCCCCUGAUCAUCUUUCACUGGAAGCCGCGCCUCCAAGUCCAAGCCAAAUGCAGCCCCUGCCCGCUCCGCCAAGCUAACUGGGUGGUCAUCCGAGACCAGUUUGGCCAGUACUUCACAGCCGAGGUCCAAACCGAGCAGGUGGAAGAAGGCAGCCUCGAGCAUGGAGCAGACGACGGGAGAUCCAGCGUAGCUGUGGGAGUAGUGGAGAACGAGGGCGACAGCUUGGACACGCUGAGGCUCUACCGGAAGGAGCAGGCGAACAGCAUCCGCUACUUCGUCUUUGAAGGUUUGCGCUACAUUUGGAUUGAGAAGCUGCAAGCGUACUGCAAGGCCAGCAAAUUAGAUGAAAGCUGGACAUAUUCACAUCUCCACCUCUGCCACAGUGGGUUGAGCAUCCAGGAACAGACUGCCAGGAGGAAGUUCUAUGGACCAAACGUGAUUGAUGUCCCGGUGCAUUCUUACCUCCGGCUGCUGAAAGACGAGGUCUUGAACCCGUUCUACGUCUUCCAGCUAUUCAGCAUCACCUUAUGGAUGUGUGAAGAGUACUACUACUACGCCGCUUGCAUCCUGCUCAUCUCCACCGUCUCAAUCGGGAUCUCUCUCUACGAGACAAGGAAGCAAAGCGUCACUCUGCAGAAGAUGGUGAAGAUGUCGGUCAGCGUGAGACUCCGCAGAGCCCCCGGAGACGAAGAGGUGGUGAGUUCCACGGACCUCGUGCCCGGGGACUGCAUUCUGGUCCCCCUGGAUGGGAUGCUGGUUCCUUGCGACGCCGUCUUGCUCACGGGCGAGUGCAUGGUCAACGAAAGCAUGCUGACCGGGGAGAGCACCCCCGUGAUGAAGACCCCCUUGCCCAGGGACCCCCAGGCUGCCGGCACCCUCUACUCCCCCGAGGCGCACAAGCGGCACACACUCUUCUGUGGCACGCAGGUCAUCCAGGCCCGAUGCUACGUGGGCGCUGAGGUCCUUGCAGUGGUGACACGCACAGGCUUCUGCACAGCCAAAGGGGACCUCAUCAGCUCCAUCCUGUACCCCAAGCCGGUGAACUUCAGGUUUUACAAGGAUGCUGCAAAGUUUGUGGCCGUCCUCGCAGGCCUGGCUGCCCUUGGUACCACCUACAGCAUCUACAUCUUGUAUAGAAAGCGGGUUGCUGUUGGGCAGAUCGUCAUCCGCGCCCUGGACGUGGUGACGGUGGUUGUGCCCCCGGCACUGCCGGCAGCCAUGACGGUGGGCACCAUCUAUGCCCAGAACCGCCUGAAGCGGCACGGGGUCUUCUGCAUCAGCCCUCCACGCAUCAACCUCUGUGGCAAGGUCCGCCUGGUCUGCUUCGACAAGACAGGGACGCUCACAGAGGACGGGCUGGACAUUUGGGGGGUCGCCCCCCAAGAGGAGAGCCGUUUCCUGCCCCUCGUCCAAGAGCUGCGCUGCCUGCCCGAGGGGCCGCUGCUCUCCUGCCUGGCCAGCUGCCACGCCCUCACUCUGCUCAACGACCAGCUGGUCGGAGAUCCGGUCGACCUCAAGAUGCUGGAAUCCACCGGAUGGACACAGGAGGAGGCGGAAGGACCAGGGGCAAAGGCGGCACAGGUGGCUCAGCUUUUUGGGACCAGAGCCCUGGUUGUGAUGAAUCCUCCGCUGCUGGGGGAGCAACCUCAUGGCACGAAGCACACGGCCCCCCUGGCCAUCCUUCGCCGCUUCCCGUUCUCCUCAGCCCUGCAGAGGAUGAGCGUUCUGGUGAAGCCCCCGGGCGACAGCCCUACGGAGGUCUACGUGAAGGGCGCCCCGGAGAUGGUGGCCAGCCUCUGCGAGAACGAAUCAGUGCCUGCAGAUUUCUCCCAAGCGCUGCACCGUUUCACCAGCGACGGCUUCCGGGUCCUGGGCCUGGCUUACAAGCCCAUGGCGGCCAUCCGGACAUUUGAAGACGCCCAGGACGUGGCCAGGGACUCUGUGGAGAGUGGGAUGGUCUUCCUAGGGCUCCUGGUAAUGAAGAACGUCCUCAAGCCCGAAACCGCCCCCGUGAUCCACUUACUGCGCAAUGCCGAGAUCCGGACUCUCAUGGUCACAGGGGACAACAUGCUCACGGCCGUGAACGUGGCCAAGAGCUGCCGGAUGGUGGAGGCGAAGGAGCUGGUGGUCUUUGUGCACGCGGCCCCUCCCGGCCACGGCCAGCCAGCCAGCCUCAAAUUCGUCCCUUCCGAAGACUCCCCUGAGCCCCCCGAGGGCUCCUACCAGCGGGAGAGAUACUUCUUGGAGCAGCACCCUUGCCACUUGGCCAUGCACGGGAAAUCCUUUGCGGCGGUGUGCGAGCACUUUCCGGACCUCCUGCCCAAGAUUCUGGUCCGGGCGACAAUUUUUGCCCGGAUGUUACCUGACCAGAAAACUCUCUUGGUUCGGAACUUGCAAGACCUGAACUACUGCGUGCUGAUGUGUGGCGACGGCGCCAACGACUGUGGGGCUCUGAAAGCGGCCGACGUGGGGAUCUCGCUCUCCGAAGCGGAGGCCUCCGUGGCGUCUCCCUUCACGUCCCGCAUCGCCAACAUCGAGUGUGUCCCGGCCGUCAUACGGGAGGGGAGAUGUUCUCUGGUCACUUCCUUCAGCAUCUUCAAAUACAUGGCCCUCUACAGCCUGGUGCAGUUUGUCUCCGUGCUCCUGCUCUACACGCUCAACACCAACCUGAGCGACUCACAGUUCUUCUUCUUCGACCUGGUCAUUACGACCACGGUGGCUGCCUUGAUGGGCAAGACAGCGCCGGCCCCGGAUCUGGGCCUGGCGCGCCCACAAGGAGCCCUUCUCAGCACUGCCGUCCUGGGCAGCCUCCUGCUGCAGACGGCUCUCCUCAUUGCUGUCCAGGUUGUCAGCUACUUCAUCACCAUCUCUCAGCAAUGGUACAUCCCGUUGAACAGCACUGUGACGGCCCCUCAGAACAUCCCAAAUUACGAAAACACCGUUGUGUUCUGCAUCUCAGGCUUCCAGUAUCUCAGCCUGGCUGUGGCCAUGUCUAAGGGCUAUCCCUUUCUAAAGCCCCUCUACACAAACGUCAUCUUCUUGGUUGCCUUAAUCAUCCUUUUCGGACUCAUGAUCUGGUUAACCCUUUACCCGCUGAGCUUCAUGAGAAGGCUGUUGAAGCUGAAGGGCAUUGAUGACUUGGACUUCAAGGCCAGCCUCCUUGGAAUAGCCACCAUCCACUUCUUCAUGGCAUUCGUGCUGGAGACCGGCCUGGAGCACGGCCUGCUCAACUGCAUGCGGACGCUGCGCCGUAAGAAGUCGUCCAAGAAGCGCUACAAGCGGCUGGAGAGAGAGCUGAGGGAGCAGCAGUCCCCGUGGCCUCAGCUCCACGAGCCUCUCUUCGCCACCGGCAAAAUCUCCCUCGCCGCCAGAUGACGCUGGACCCCUCCGCCCCGGCUGCCCUUCUGCAUGGACACCGGGGGCGGCUGCGCCUGCCCUUGAUGCUCCUACCUGUAGCAAAUCUCCUUGUCCUGCCUCCUCCAUCUGCUUGGCAAUAGACCCUGAAAACGACCGUGUGCGCACCUGGCCCCCAUCCCCCUCCUCCUGAUGGAGCGUAGCUGCCCCUCCCGAAGCCCAAGAGUCGCUCGCCCGGCUCAGCAAAAAACGUCAGCCUCCCGAGUCCCCUCUGGAAGGUUUUCCAGUUUCUAGAAAGAAUGCCGAGGGCAUCCACUCUGUUCCCGGCACCAAGCAGGGCUUUCUGUGGAACCAUCUGGCUGGUUUGGGCCCCUCUUGGACGGCUUCCUCUGCUGAUGCCCUGGGCCAUGACUUCAUCUGGUGCCGUGGCAAGGAGACAGGCGGCAUCUUGCCCAGGUGCAACAGAGAGAAGUGGGAGGGGAGGGGGGCUUUUGCCCUCCAGACGGCCACGUGGCUUGUGUAUCACGUUGCCAGGUUCAAUGCAGGACUGAGCCCCCUGCGCCUCUUCUCACAGUUGGAGAGAUGAGUUUUGGCUCCUGCAGCUUCUCCCACAAGGCCACUUCAGCUCUCCUCCCAGACACGCGGGGCCAGGUCUCCUGUCAGGGAAGCAGCCGGUGGAGGAAGCCUGCCUCUGUGACAGCUGCUCUGUUCAAACAGUGGUUGCUUUGGUUCUGUCGGAUCUUCAAUGGCCCCACAAGGAUGGGCUCAGCACAAUCCCUAGAAAGGACAUUUUUUAAACUUGAAUUUCAUCACUGUCUUUCCGCCUCCAUUCCUGUUUGCUACAAUUUCUUGCUCUCCAAAGAGUCCUCAUCAGCCUCAAAGGUCUGGUCUGGUCCAGGGGGUGUUUUUUUUUGGGGGGGGUCUCCUUCCCACAGCCGCACCCCAAAGAAAGGUUCUAUGAAACGAUGCGUGUGUGGAAAGCAAGAGCUGAUGGUCUAGGCCACUACAGCAUGGUUUAUGAACGUGUCUCAUAAUAAACAAAUGAUAUUUUCUUGA